ACUCUUCCUGCCAAGAUGUCGAUUGGUGUGCUAAUUAAAGUCCUGUAGGAAGCUGAGGGCCAUAUUGUUACAUGUGAGACAAACACCAGUAGUGUAUAUCGAGGAAAGCUUAUUGAAGCAGAGGACAACAUGAACUGCCAGAUGUCCAACAUCACAGUCCUGUACAGAGAUGGCCGAGUGGCACAGCUGGAGCAGGUGUACAUCCGUGGCAGCAAGAUCCACUUUCUGAUUUUGCCUGAUAUGCUAAAAAAUGCACCGAUGUUAAAGGGCAUGAAAAAUAAAAACCAAGGCUCAGGGGCUGCCCGUGGAAAAGCUGCUAUUCUGAAGGCUCAAGUGGCUGCAAGAGGAAGAGGACAUGGAAUGGGACAUGGAAACAGCUUCCAGAAACGAAGAUAGUUUUCUAUGUUAAAUAGAACUUAGCCUUUUUUUC